CAGACUGGAGGUGGUCCUCAGUGCUGCACAAUGAUUAGGCUUGUGACUUUACUGUUCUGCAUUGGCCUCAUCUGUGCAGAGACGCCAUUCAACCAUGAUGUGCACAAUGAGAGGGUGAUAGGAGGCUACGAUGCCGUGCCUAACCAGUGGAAAUGGCAGGUCUCCCUCCAGUUUGACUCAUACAGUGACGGGUUAUUCUACCACAUCUGUGGUGGCACCAUCAUCGACAGCUUCCACAUCCUGACUGCAGCCCACUGCAUCCUCAGCAUGGAUGCUCAUCUUUACCGUGCGGUGGUGGGUGAACAUAACCUGUAUGAGUAUGAUGGCUCUGAGGAGUUCCUCCCUGUGGAAAGGAUUGUGGUCCAUCCUGGUUGGAAUGGAGACCUUGCCAAAGGAAAUGAUAUUGCUAUCCUGAGGCUGGCCAGUCCUGUGUAUGACAACGGUUAUGUGGCUAUUGCCAACCUUCCCUAUCCUGACCAAACGCUGCCUCAUGGGUUCACCUGCUACAUCACCGGCUGGGGCCUUAUGGACUUUGGGGGAAGCAUCCCUGCCAUCCUACAGGAGUCUCCCAUCAACGUGGUGGAGCACUCAGUCUGCUCUCAGCCUGAAUGGUGGGGCAGCAUCGCUCUGAAGACCAUGGUGUGUGCCGGAGGGGACGGGAUCAUUUCAGGCUGCCAGGGCGACUCUGGAGGUCCUCUGAACUGUUUCACUGACGGAGCCUGGAGAGUUCACGGUGUGGUGAGUUAUGGUCCGAGUGGCAGGUGCAACCAAGUGAAAAAACCCACUGUCUUCACCAGAGUCUCCUCCUUCCAGGACUGGAUGUAUUCGGUUAUUUCCGGUUAA